ACACCAUUAAAAACCUUAAAGUCCUUUCUCCACUGAAUUAAUCUGCCUCCCCCGGCGACGAUGAACUUCUUCAGAUGUCUGUUGUCACUAUUGGUUGUGAUGGCACUAGUGGGUGGUACAACCGCUGAGAAAGCCAACUCUACCGGAGGAGGAAUGGUUUGGUCCAGUGCGAGGGACGAGGCGGAGCUGGUAGAAGAUUCCGGUUUGGUUAUCGGAGAACAGGAUCAAAUCGACGGUGGCUUCUCCUCCCUUGAUGGGAUGUUACACUGGGCUAUAGGCCACUCGGAUCCUGCGACAUUGAAGGAAGCAGCUAAAGAUGCACAGAAGAUGUCUAUGGAUGAGUUGCAGAAGCGUCAAGUUGAGCUAAAGGAGCUGGUGGAGAAGCUGAACAUGCCAUCAGACGCCAAGUUGAUGCAAAUAGCUGUCUCUGACUUGAACAAUGCUUCCUUGUCUCUUGAAGAUCGUCACCGUGCUUUGCAUGAGCUCUUGAUCCUCGUUGAACCUAUCGAUAAUGCUAAUGAUUUGAGCAAAUCAGGAGGGCUUAAAGUUGUGGCAGGAGAGCUUACUCAUUCUGACUCAGAUGUAAGGAAACUAGCUGCGUGGGUGCUCGGGAAGGCCAGCCAAAACAACCCUUUUGUUCAAGCCCAGGUUCUUGAACUUGGGGCUUUGACAACAUUGAUAAAGAUGGUAAACUCCAACUCUACUGAAGAAGCUGCGAAAGCACUCUUUGCUGUCUCUGCCUUGAUACGGAACAACAUAGCUGGCCAGGACAUGUUUUAUGCAUCACAAGGAUACAUUAUGCUUCAGGAUGUAAUGAGCAAUGGGAGCUUAGAUAUUAAACUUAGACGGAAAGCUGUAUUCUUAGUGGGUGAUUUGGCUGAGGUUCAACUACAAAACGCAGAGAAAUCUGAACUCCCUAUAUUCAGUGAUCGUUCCUUCCUAAAAUCCGUGGUGGAUUUGAUCCUUGUGCUUGAUCUUGAUCUUCAAGAAAAGGCUCUUACAGCAAUUAGUACUCUUCUUCAACUUAAGUCCAUAGAGCCUUUGGUUCUCAGAGACUUCUGCGGGUUGGAAGGAGCAUUAGAGAGAAUGAAGCUGCAGCUCAAGGAAUCAAUGGCGGAUGAAGACAAGAGAGACUACGCUGCAGAUGUGGAAAGCCUUCGUGGUGAAGUGGAACUGGUCUUCCGGAAAAAGCUUGGACUUUUUAUGACAUGAUCAGUAACUACUCCCUGUGCGUUUGAUUUAUUAGUGGGAAGAGCUUUAGACUUUAGUCAUAGGAGUUGUCUACAUAUCUGGUGGCUUAGAUAGGUUUAAGAUGUGUAAUGAUCCGUUUUGCAUGCUAUUUUCUCUACUUGAGAGGUUUUCAUCUUUAGUUCCAUAUCCUGUUUGCUAUGUUUUUAUAUAAUAGUUUUAUAAACUUCCACUA